UGCCCUUUCUUCCGGUUGAGUUCCAGCUCUCUGAUUGGCCGGGCGGUGCCACUUCCGACCGUUCUCCCUCCUGGGGAGUCGUAGCGAUUAUGCGACUUUUUCAUCGGAUCUCCGGCAUCCUCAGCGCACCGCUCUCUGUCGCCGUGACAACAUGUGGCGACUUCCGGGGAUGCUGGGCCGAGCCCUACAGCACUUGCCUAAGUACAGUCUUCGUGGUGUGACUCCUGGGACUCCCAGCCAAGAGGAUCCUCAAAUUACUUGGUCACUUCAGUCCCCACCUGUCGUGUCCACCCAUAACAGACAUGAGUCCCACGCCCUGGGUGUGGGCAGUGGCCCAAAGUAUCAAGGCUGGAAAAAUGCAUUCCAAUGGAUCUCAAGACGCCUGUCAUGUCACAGAAUGUGGGAUGCUGUCUCAUGGGGAACCCUGGCUGUUCUGGCCCUGCAACUGGCCAGGCAAAUCCAAUUUCAGGCAUCAUUACCUGGUUUCCAGAGACAAGAACAGUGCUCUUGGCACAGUCACCUAAAGCAGAUCCGCUUCUCCCCUUUGCUAUGCCAAGACUUAUGGUUGAAGAAAAACAUCCUCCCUACAAAUAACCCUCCACCCCCUUACCAUACUUGCUUUGAGGAACCCAAAGAAGAAACAAAAGGAUCCGACUCUCAGGACUCUCAACCUGAGAGCCUUGAAUCCCAUAACUCCUCAAGGACAGCCCCACUCAGGGGUCCCUGUGAAGCAGAACCUGUUGGCAUUGAUUUCUUGGGCGCAACUGGACCAGGCCAGUGUCACACCACCAGAGACAGACUGGUAUUGGAGCAGGAGGAAACAGAGCCUCUUUCCUUAGAGGAAGCCAUGUUGUCCUUGCAACAGCAAUUCCAGCUCAGUGUUUCCAUCGCCCUCAAUUUCCUGGGUACUAAAAAUAUAAGAAAUGGCAAUUAUGAAGCAGCAUACUCUUACUUCCAGAAGGCUGCAGAUCAGGGCUAUAGCAAAGCCCAGUUCAAUGUGGGCCUGUGUCAUGAGCAUGGAAAAGGGACCCAGAAAGACCUCAGCAAGGCAGUUUUUUAUUACCAGCUUGCUGCCCAGAAGGGCCACCAAAUGGCUCAGUACCGUUAUGCCAGGUCCCUGCUGAGUGACCAGGUCCCAGCGAGGGAAGCUGAUAAGCAGAGAGCAGUGACCAUGCUGAAACAAGCAGCUGAUGCCGGCCUGAAAGAGGCUCAAGCCUAUCUGGGGGUGCUGUUUACCAAGGAGCCAUUCCAGGAUGAACAAAAAGCUGUGAAGUACCUUUGGCUUGCAGCUAGUAAUGGGGAUUCUCAGAGCAAGUACCACAUGGGGAUUUGCUAUGAAAAGGGCCUUGGAGUCCAGAAGAACCUGGGAGAGGCCAUGAGAUAUUACCAGCAAUCAGCUGCUCUAGGGAAUGAGCCAGCUCAUAAGAGGCUAAAGAUGCUGUUCUCAGCAGAGCUGGAAGCUUUGAGGCACAGUAAUCCAACACUUAAAGGUUUAAGGUCCUUCUCUAGCCCUUCUUUCUGUACUCUGGAUACAGCCCUGAAUGGGUCUGCCUACCUCCCCCACGCCUGGAGCACCGGAAGCCUUGGAGAUCUUGGCAGAAGUGAUCAUCUGGACCCCAGUCCUGUAGCUUCUGGUGUGACAGAACUCCCGAAUUCACACCAUUUUGAGAUGCAUUUAGUAAAACUAGGAUUUGGCUAAGAGGAUUUCCAGUCAGAGCUGUUCACUGAAAAUAUCAAUUCGGCCCUACGACAAUCACUUCAGUCCCAAAGAUGAAACCUGUGGGGAUCCCUCACUGAUACUGGAUACUGCCUUGAGCCCAAAGGAAGUGGUGUUGCCUAAUCAGAUCCUUCUGUGAAGACUUUGAAGAAUAUCUUUAUUUUACCAUGGAAAGUGGAGACUGAAUGUGAGUUCUUUGGGCUAGAGAAUGUUGUUUUCCAUAGCCUCACUUGGGACAUUAUAUUACAUCAAAAUAUCUAAUAUUUAAUAAAAAAUCAGUUGAUUAAAACC